CUCUCGCUUACGCUCUCGUUAAAAAGCUCUGAGAGAGGGUUAGGGUUUCGUGAAUCAUCUUCUUUAAGUUUCUCGAUCUGUUUGGGAUCUGUAACUAUGGCGGCGACAGAACCGAAGGCGGCGACUGCUGAAGUGGUAAAGGUGGAUCUGUUCGAGGACGAUGAUGAGUUCGAGGAAUUUGAAAUCAACGAAGAUUGGCUGGAGAAAGAGGAAGUAAAGGAAGUUAGCCAGCAGUGGGAAGAUGACUGGGAUGAUGAUGAUGUCAGUGACGACUUCUCGCGUCAGUUAAGGAAGGAGCUUGAGAAUAGUAGUGAGAAGAAAUGAGGUCAGAAGAAUGUGAAAGGCAGGCUCGUCUUCUUGUUAUGAUCCGGUACUUUGUUUGAAUUGCAUCUUCGGUUUAUAGUGACAUAUAUCAGUAUUGGUUCUCCUUUAACUUUGCUCCUUUUACUCUUCCUUGGAUGCAAAAUUUCUUAUCUUUGAUGAUGGAUUUAUAAACUUGAGUUGGUAAGAUUCUAUUUUAGUAACCCUUGCCGUGUA